UGACUUACAUCCAUGUUAACGAUAACCUUGACUGGGCUGACUCCGAAGCACCUGCCGGGGUUUUCUCCAGUUGGUGAGUUUACGUCUUCGUGUGGACUUUGGGGAAAUCGCUGAGAAUCAUUGACAGACAUGAUGAUGGACGUCAGUCUGUUUGAGGAUGGACUUCGAUCAGCGGUGUUCUUCAGCCUGCCGUCCCGAGCAGAAACAUUUCCUGGUGGUCAGUGACGUGUUCGGGUCGUGACCUCUGGUUCAUGUGCGAGUGUGAAACCUGGGAGGAGAUAAGAAGGCAGUGGUGAGCCUCGCUGAGCAAACACUCCUAAAACCUGAGACCUGAGCGGACACACAGACACCACUGCAGUUUCUGGGCGAUCCUAAACAGCUGACAUGUGUUGCUCUGGUUUUCUCAAAAUUAUGAUGUUCGUCUUCAACGGCGGCAUCUUUCUGGCAGGUGCAGCCAUCCUGGGUGUGGGCGUGUGGGUGAAGGUGGACAGCGGGUCUCUGUUCGGGUUACUGGAGCAAGUGGAAGACGCUCCGGAUGGAUUAUCCCAACUGGUCAACGUCAGCUACCUGCUGAUCGGUGUGGGCGCGGCGCUUCUGGUCAUCGGCUUUCUGGGGUGCUGUGGAGCCAUCAGGGAGAGCAGGUGCAUGCUGAUGACGUUCUUCUGCAUCGUGCUGAUUAUCUUCCUGGCUGAGGUUGCAGGCGCCAUAGUUCUGCUCGUCUUCCAGGAUGUGGCUCAUCAGCUUCUGGAUGAUGUGGAGGAUAAAGUGAUAGCGAGCAUUCGAAAGAGUUUUGGAGAGGAGAACAGCAUGACGUCUCUCUGGAACGCCACCAUGGAGGAGUUUAAAUGCUGUGGAUACAGGAACUACACAGACUUUAUUGGGUCUCCUUUCUACCACGUGCACAGUGGUGAGCUCUACCCCCCCAACUGCUGCUGGACAAAUGUCACUGUGGGAGAUUGUAAAACAGACAAAGCUGAGGCGGCGAUGGUCGAAGGCUGCUUUAAAAAGUUCCUGGAGCUGAUCGAGCAGAACGCUGUGAUCAUUGCUGGUGUGGCUUUGGGGAUCGCUGCUCUGGAGGUUGCCGCCAUGGUGGUUUCAAUGAUUCUCUACAAGAAGGUUGGCAGCAAGGCAUGAUGAUUCCUCAGGAUGAUACGAAUGAACUGAUGAAGUGCGAUGAAGAGGAGUAAAAGUUAAAGUUUAAUUUGAUUUAACGGGCAGAGUUUAUGAAGAUAAGCCACAGAAGACUAGAUGUUAUAUAAAAUUGACACUUUAUUUUUAUAUAACAGGUAUUUCUGUUUUUAUUGUGAUUUAUUUAAGCUUACUGAAGAGUUUUAUGUGCUGAAGCGUUUACUGACGUCAUGAUGCUCCGUCUGCUGGUCGUUCUUUAGUCACCUGCCCUGCCCUAAUGAAACACGUUUAUUUUUUUAUGUUAGAUCCUGUUAUGAGCGGUAAACUGACUUGUAUAUUUUGCACCGUUUUGUUGAGUGUUUUGGGAUGUUUUCCUGUGAUAAGCAUGUACCAAGUGCUUCUAGAAUAAAGAAUAAAAUGGGAUAAAUCCA